CGUUUAUUAUGUUUUGUUGUUGUUUUAGCAAGAUUUAUUAUUGUCGUUUAAUCAAAUGUUUACUCCAGUGGUGCUGUAUUCGGGUUUCACCCGGAUCCAUUUUCUCGUUUAUUCACUUCAUGAUUUCAUCUUCUUCUCCGGCAAGAACAUACGUUUUCAAUUUUGUAAAAUCAAUCUGAAACCCUAACAAUGGCGGGGAACAAGAACAAGAAGCGGAAAAGAAACGAAGAGCGACCCACUAUCCACCCCAAAAAUAAAUACGCCGAUAACCCACCAGACUUCGCUUUCUUAGGUUCUCUCUACCCUUCUUUCCAGUCUUUCAUCUUCUAUUCCCGCGAAGGUCGCCCCAGAAUCGAUUGGACUGACUUCAAUGCCACCCGGGAACUCACCCGCGUCUUGCUCCUCCACGAUCUUGGCCUCAACUGGUGGAUUCCUGACGGGCAGCUAUGCCCCACAGUGCCAAAUAGAUCCAACUACAUUCAUUGGAUUGAAGAUCUUCUGCUCUCUGACAUCAUUCCAAAGACUGAUACGAAUGGUGAUAAUGUGAGGGGUUUUGAUAUAGGAACUGGAGCAAACUGCAUAUACCCUUUGCUUGGCGCAUCUCUUAAGUGUUGGAGUUUUGUUGGGUCAGAUGUGACCGAUGUUGCAGUAGAGUGGGCAGAAAGAAACGUUAAAGAUAAUUCACAUAUAUCAGAACUGAUUGAGAUUAGAAAAGUUAAAAGUGAUGAUACUAGCCUUCUUGUCAAAGAUCUACAAAAUGACCAAUCUGGUGGUCCUGAAAGCAAGCUAGGUCUCACCAAUUCCAUGAGUUUCGAGGGCGGUGAUACGAACAAGAGUUAUUAUGGGCCACCCAUCCUUCUUGGUGUGGUUAAGGAUGAUGAGAAGUUUGACUUUUGCAUGUGCAAUCCUCCAUUUUUUUAUACCAUGGAGGAAGCAGGAUUGAAUCCAAAAACCUCAUGUGGUGGAACUCCAGAAGAAAUGGUUUGUCCUGGUGGAGAAAAGGCUUUUAUAUCUCGUAUAAUUGAAGAUAGUUCCAUAUUGAAGCAAACUUUUCGGUGGUACACUACAAUGGUCGGGAGGAAAUCAAACAUGAAAUUCCUUACAGCAAAGCUUCGAGAAGUUGGAGUUUCUAUAGUUAAAACUACUGAAUUUGUCCAAGGCCAAACUUGUCGUUGGGGGCUUGCUUGGUCUUUUGUGCCCCCAGUUAAAAAAAUAAUAUCAGUUAAUGUGGUUAAGAAUGGUAACCUGUCUUUCAUGCUUGAGGGAAUUCAACGUCAGUAUAGUGCCAUACAUGUUUUGCAAUCAAUUGAAUCUUUCUUCUGCACUAGUGGCGUGUCUUGUAAAUUGAAUGUCUCCGCGUUUACAAUUACUGCUUCACAGAAUCACUGUAAUGCCAUCCUGAAGAAUGAGGAGUUACAAUUUGGUAAAACUGCUGGUUUUAAACAUGUGCAAGAUACAUCCAUAAGCUCAAGCUGUUUGAACAUACCUAUAAAUGAGCUAUGUUUUCGAAUUUCGGUCUUUCAACAAAUCCCUGGCACACUUCUGGUAAAAGGCUCACAAAAGCAAGGGAAUUCCCAAGUUUCAGGUGUUUUUUCAUUGAUAUUGCAACGGUUGGAGGAAGAUUUGAAUCGUAAAUUUUGUAAAGAGAAAGUAUAGUGUGCCGGCUUUUAGGCUGUCUUCUGUUAGCUUCAUCAUCUCCUGACUGUUUUUGAAUUUUGAGCUCUCAAACUUGUAUAUAUCAUAUCAUGCAUUUUAUUUGAUUCAUUUAAAAAGUAGGAAAAAAAAAGAUUAUUUGCCUAGUA